AACCACGAAUCUGUGUAUUUAGUAGGUCAUUCAAAUUGUUUUAUGUCGAAGAAACUAUUAUCUGAUUAUAUAAUCAUGUUCCUCCAUCUUUAACAUAUCUUAAAAUAGCUUAUAUCCUGCUCGUGAAACUGAAAGUAAUAAACGGGAAAUUCCGCUAUUAUCUAUUACGUUGAAACCUCAGUACAAAGUACACAAAAACUCAAGGGACAUAACUGUGGCUGCUCUUUUUUUUUUGUUGCAACAACACAUUGAGUUAAAAGAAGUUUAUAUUGAGAUACUCUAUCAAAUAUUCACUGAGAUGGCCGUAUCGAUUCCUAUAAAGAACCAUUUAGCUCAACUGUUGAACAGUCUGGAAGAGAUGAAUAGUUUGUUGAAAAAUAAUUUAAGUGACUUUGAUCAACAAGUAAAACAAGCAACACUGGAAUGGUUGGACAAUCCUUCAGAAGCUGCCCUACUUGAACUUAAACAAACGAUUUUUGUUUCCUGCACCAAGUAUCAAGCAAUGGCUGCUGGAGAUAAGACAACACAAGAGAAUAAAAGUGUUGACUCUGUACACGAUGUGAACAAUUCUGAUCUUUCUAUGUCAGCUGAUUUUAGUAACAAACUAGAGCAGAGAGUAGAACAUCUUGAAACAGCGCUAACUUCUAUGCAAAGUAGGAAUAAAAAAACUGAAGCUGACCUGACCGAAAUUAAGCAAUGGAGGGACACUUAUAAAACAGAAGAAAGCAAUAUGACGGAACACAUAGAACAAUUGGCUUUAAAACAAAAACAUAAUGCUAAGCAAUUCCGAAAGCAAAUUAACGAACAGAAACAUAUAAUGGAUGAGAUGAAUGAAGAAAUGAAACAAUUGAAUGAAAUAAAACACUGGAGGAAAACACUAAUAUCAGAACAUAACACUAUGGCGAAAAAACUUGAAGAACUGUCUAAGACACUAACAGAUAAUAAAGAAAAGACUAGAGAGCACAUACAAGAAUCCAAAACCAGAAUAAAUGAGUUGAAUACAGAAAUUAAGACCCUCAAAGAAAAAGAAUCAAAUACAAGCCAAACACUGGAAAGCACGAAUACAGAGAUAAACAAGUUUGACAUAAUAUUGAACAAAUUAAAUGAAGAAUUAGAAAUUCAAACUACUAAAACUGAGAUAUUACAAAAAGAAAUUAAACGUCAUUCUGAUGUUUUAUAUCACUUGAGGGAAGAAGGAAAUAAAAACAAAAAUACGGAAACCAAAGUAGAAAAGUUAAUGUCAAUGCAUGGUGUGAUGUCCAAGAUUUUGCAACAAAGAUUGUUGCCCUUUGAAAGUUUAAUUCAAAAGAUUAAUCAAAACCUGGCUAGUAGGACGAUGAACAAACAAAAGCUUGCGACCCUGGAAAAUGAUAUUUUGAAAUUGUCAAAUGAUGUAGAUUCAAUUAGACAAGACAUCAAAAGCCACUCUGCUGUGACUUUAACUCUACAAGAUGAAGGGAAGAAAAAGCUGGCCAAUACUACAGACCAGUUAGUAGCUUUAACUACAAAGGUUGAAACUCUAGAAAGUGAUGUUUUAACGCUGUUGAAAGAUUUUAAGUCUAUCGAGACCCGGGUAAGCCAGCCUUACAUCUGUCAAAUUUUUCUGCAUAACAACACACCAGUAACUACUGGAUCAGUUCUUUCAACAUUCUAUUGGGUGUGUGAAUCUUACGGCGGCCAUUUUAAUAGAACCACAGGAAAACUUGUAGCACCAGAUGAUGGUUUCUAUCUUGUGAUUGCGACGUUGAUUGAAUCGGAAGAUAAAAUGAUUCAAAUAAGUGUGUUCAUGGAUGACACAUUUUUUGAGAACUUUUUUGUCAAAUCAGCCAACACAUCUGCUGCUGGAUCAACUAUUGUUAACAUGAUGAAAGGCCAUGAACUUUAUUUUAAAGUGGGCCAAGCUGAUGAUGGAGCUAAGCUACAAGCAGGAAGUGGAUUUACUAUUAUUAGAUUCUAAAUUUAAUCAUGCUUAUGAAAUAAGUCUUAGUAGUUUAUCAUUUAAUUCACGCCAGAUAUUUUCGAUUGUUUUUGAUUAUCCAAUGUGCCUAUAUUGUAUGUACAUAUCGUUUCAAUAUAUUGAAUUAGCUGUUUCUGGCAGUCAUAUUAUAGAGAAAUAUGUGAACACACUGAAUUAUAAUCUUCACUUCAUUUUGGAAAACAAAUUGUUUGGUGUUUUUUUUUUCGGUUGCAUUUCUAACAUAAAUUAGUGUUAAGACAAUAUAACGUAGCUAUGCUUCGCAGGCCGUUUUGAAAUGAACAUAUACAUCAUAAAAUAUUAUGUCUAGUCAAGUUAGUACGUCUUUGUAACAUAAUAUGCUUGUAGCAUACAACUUGCAGCACCACUUUCCGUCAUGGUUUAAUUAUGUCAAUAUUUAAAGAUGUACAUGAAUAUAAUGGUCAAAACUGUAAUCAAACAACUUGAUAGUUUAUAUAUGUAUACGAGAAAGUAAAACGUGUCCAAUUAAUGCAAAGAAACAUUGUUUUUUCCUAAAUAGACUAGUUUUUAAUUUAUUUCAGUCGUUGUUUUACAAGCUCUGGAACGCUAGCAGGAUAUAGGUUAGUAAGAAAGUAAUUUAUUAAAAUUUGUUGUGAUCAAACGUAUGCCUUCGUUGUAAAAUAUUAUUUUAAGACAUACUAAUACUAGUUAAAAAAUAAAGCAAGAGUGAUCUCCGCUGAACAUUUAAGGUAUAUUCGUAUAUCACCCUACAUCGGAAGGCAAUCGUGCGUUGGAAAUUAUUUAUGUGCUAGUUAGUGUAGUGCUUGGUACAUAUUUAAGAGUGAAGAAAUUGACAUUAUAUUAGGAAAUGGUUUUUGAGAUGUUUGCUUAUCAUCUGUCUUAUAGUGAAGAUAGGUUUCAUACAAAAAAUAUUGCUAAAAGCGAUACCACUUUAACUAGGUUUUUUCUACAACACAUAUGACAGCAAUGGGUGUUAACCAAUAUAAAUAAUUAGAACCAAAUUUGUAUAGGCUCACCAUGAAUAAUAAAAAAUAUUUUUCCAAUAUAAUACAAAUGUUAAAUUUGCAAAAUACAAUCAUAUGUAUCCAGUAUAGAGUAAA